UACUUCCAAUAUGGCUGCCUGAACCGCUUUUCGGGGUUUUCGCAACGGCUGUAAAGCCUCCCGUCUCCCGUCUCUUAUUCCUCCCUGACCUUUGAAUAAGUCCGUGACCAAAACUAUGGUUAACCUUAAUUUUGUAAAUAAAAGUUUUACAAAUAAUAGCUCUGAUAAUAGCAAAUAAUUAUUUAAUAAUGUUUUGCUCUUUUAGAUUCUGUUCCAGCAUAGGCAAACUAAGUAAAAAUUUCGGAUGGAACUUUCACAGAAAAGAGAUCGAUAGACAGUUUAGUCAGAAAAUAAUAGAUGUAAAUACAAAUGUAGUUAAAGAUGUGAUAUUAUAUAAAUCUGAGAACGACAGGCUUUUAAAAAUAUUAAAUGUUUUUGGAUUAUUCCAAUUUGGUCUUUGGUCCUAUGUUUCACUGACUGCAUUUAAAACUUUAAAAAAUGUGCCUGGGGGAGAAUUAGAUGAAGAUGCGGUAUGGUGGAAAAAGAUAAAUCUAGGUGAAAGUAAAUACAGAAACGGAUUAACAAUUAUCACAUUUGCUCUGGGAUGGAGUAUUUUAACACUGACGUGGGCGUUUACACUGCGGUCAGUAAAGUAUAUAAUAUUAAGGAGAGGAGGUCAACAGGCUACAAUAGUAACAUACACACCCUUUAGUAAAAAUCGACUUCUUACUUUGGAUCUUAAUAAUAUAAGUGCUAAGGAAACUAGGGCAGCCGCUAAAUCUUUUUUACCAUUAAAAGUAAAGGAUUAUUAUUUUCAUUAUCUGGUUGAUAUGAAAGGAGAAUUUAAAAACCCACUAUUAUUUGACAAUACAGUAGGCUUGAAGAGAGUUUGGAAGAAGUAGUUCUAAAAUAUGUAUUAACAGCUUUGGAAGGUAACUCAUUAGAAUAAGUCUUUCUUUUGGAAAAUAAUUUAUUUGUGUUUAAUAUACAUCGACGUUUCAUAAAU